GAAUAAUUAGCUAUAUAGUGCAAAACUAAAAGAUAGCAGAUUUUCAGUUUCCUCUUAUGGUGGCUACUGUAUAAUGAAUGAUCUCCUUAGUAUAGAAAAAACAUAGUUAAGAUUUUUUUCUCAGCUAAUUCAUACUUUUCCUUUCCUUCUCCUCGCUACUGUAAAAGUGUUGAGUUCUUUUUUCACACUGGCGCAGAUGAUUUCCCCUAACGCACUAAUUCUUUCAAGUACAGGCACCAUUCGCCUGAAUUUCUUGAAAGACGACAUCUAUAUAAGUAGUAUUCAAGAAAAGGUAGCAGGGCAUUGAUAUCUACCAAAACCUGAACUGGAAGGUGGGAAUGAAAUUCAAGUUUAUAUCUUUUGAAGAAUCCAGCAGUGUGUUUCAGAAUCUUUCUUGGUGUUGAAAGAUGUUAUUGCUGAUUUGGGUAUUUGAGGGAAAAAAGAAGAGGCUUUUGGUUAAAGAUUAGCAUUAAGUGAAAAAGUUAUUUUUUUGGAGCAAUUGAAUAAGAUGGAGGCAUCCAUGCCCCCGAAGACGAUGAAGAAACAACUAACAGGGAAACGCGAGGACACCGUCUUGCAUUCACUGGCUAGAGCUGGAAAUCUAGUUGAAAUAAGAGAGAUUAUCGAUAACAAAGGGGAGGAAGCAUUGACAGAGAUGUUGAUAAAGCAAAAUUCGGCUGGAGAGACCCCUUUGUAUGUUGCAGCAGAAUAUGGUUAUUAUGAGUUAGUUAAAGAGAUGAUUAAGUACUAUGAUCUUGUUGCUGCUGGAAUCAAAGCUAGGAACGGAUUUGAUGCGUUGCACAUUGCUGCUAAACAAGGGGAUUUAGAUGUGGUGAAGGUACUAAUGCUAGCACAUCCCGAGCUCUCAAUGACUGUUGAUGUUGCAAAUACAACAGCUUUGCAUAGCGCAGCAAACCAAGGGCAUAUUCAGGUGGUGAAUUAUCUAUUAGAGGCAGAGAGUAGUUUGGCAACUAUUGCUAGAAGUAAUGGGAAAACAGCCCUUCAUUCUGCUGCUAGAAAUGGACGUGUGCAAGUAGUAAAGGCCCUUUUGAAUAAGGAGCCAGGGAUUGCGAACCGGAUGGAUAAAAAAGGGCAGACUGCACUUCACAUGGCCGUCAAAGGACAAAAUCUUGAGGUUGUAGAGGAGUUGAUUAGAAAAGAUGCAAACUUGAUAAAUAGCGUUGACACGAAGGGAAAUACAGCAUUGCACAUUGCAGCCCGGAAAGGAAGGGCUCAGAUUGUUAAGUUGCUGCUUGGGCAGAACCAGACGGAUACUAAAGCUGUCAAUAGAUCAAAGGAAACAGCCCUCGACACUGCAGAAAAAAUGGGACAGGUCAAUAUUGCAGCCAUCCUACAGGAAGCCGGUGUACAAAGCGCCCGAGCCAUCAAGCCCCAGACUACAAAUCCAAGAAGAGAGUUGAAACAAACAGUUAGUGACAUAAAACACGAAGUGCACUAUCAAAUGGAACAUACGCGACAGACAAGAAAACGCAUACAUGGCAUUGCCAAACGCAUUGACAAAAUGCACGCUGAAGGCCUUAACAAUGCCAUCAAUUCCACCACUGUCGUAGCUGUGCUCAUCGCGACAGUUGCUUUUGCAGCGAUUUUCUCUGUUCCAGGCCAGUAUAUCGAGUAUCCCGAAGAUGUCCCUCCAGGUCAUUCACUUGGAGAAGCAAAUAUAGCUCCAAGUCCCUCAUUCCUAAUUUUCUUCGUAUUCGACUCUGUUGCCCUUUUUAUCUCUCUUGCAGUUGUGAUUGUUCAGACAUCUAUCGUGGUGACCGAAAGCAAAGCAAAGAAGCAAAUGAUGGCAAUCAUAAACAAGCUUAUGUGGUUAGCAUGUGUGAUGAUUUCAGUGUCUUUUUUGGCACUGUCUUAUGUUGUGGUUGGCAAAAAUGAGAAGUGGCUGGCUAUUGUAGUGACUAUUAUAGGAACAGUUAUAUUAGUUACAACACUAGGUACCAUGUGUUAUUGGGUCAUAAUGCAUAGGAUAGAAUCCUCGAACAAGAGGAACAUCCGGAAGAACUCUAUGGCCAGCAGGUCCUUAUCUUGGUCAGCCUCAGUUGUCUCUGAUUCAGAUGUUCUAAACAAUGAAUACAAGAAAAUGUAUGCUAUAUAAAAUAACUAACAAAAAUAGCAUCCUUGUAGAUCCUACCCCAAAUUGUAUUUUUUUUUUUUUUUUGUCUUGUGAGAUAAUAGAUCCUUGGCUUUACCUUCAUGUGCAUACUCUUGAAUUAAAGGUAAUUGCUCUACAUCAUGAAAGUUCUGGUCAA